AAUGGCAUCUGAGUGUUUGUAAGUGUCAGAUUUAAGAACUCUUAAGUUUUCCAAGGAUUUCCAACUUUUUAUCCCAUUUACAAGACGAUUUUUACAAAGAUGGGGGAAAAUAGCGAAAUGGCCUUAUCAGUCGCAUUGGCCCUCUCAGGCUUGGACGUCGACGAUUUCGCCGAGCCGGGCCUGAAGACUAUUUUCGACCAGGGCUCAAAAGUAGUGCAAUGCGACAGCUCGCCAGCGUCACGCAGUACCUCAAGAUCGUCCUCACAGGACAGCGGAAUCGUCUGCGGCGACGAUUUCAUCGACUCAAAUCAGCGAUUUCUCGAGUUCUUCGAUGGUUUAUGUUUAAUUGAUGACGUUAGUAAUGUUGUUACAGACACAAAGACUGCAGACGAGACGAUACCUGAAGAAACUGAAGCAGAAAUAGCCGCAGAAGGCACUGAUUUAAGGAAAGAGGAGGGCACGGAUGAGGAAGCGAAGCAGGAAGAGGAACAAAGAGACGAGGUGCAAGAAGAGGAGCAAGAAAAGGUGCAAGAAGUGCUUGUGACGAAGGUUAUUUAUCAGGGAAGGGACAUACUUGAUUUGGCGGCCAAUUUGAAUGGAAGCUGGUGUUUUCAAUACGCCAUUUUGCAGUCAGGUAUCAACAACUUUUUCGACAAUAGAUCUCAAUUAUCUCGAUUGGACGGCGUAAUGGCGCCACCCCAUGAUCUAGUUAGAUGUAAAGACUGUGAUUUUUUUGAACCUCACUAUUACUAAGUGAAUUUACAAAUUUGACAAAUUUUGUACGUGUUAUAAGUGUGACUAUAUUUUAUUUAUUCUCUAUACAACUGUGUUGGAAACAAUGUUAUGUAUGUAUUUCGGUUUAUAGAAUUGUUGGAAUUUUAUGAGAUUUUUAUAAAAUGUUUUUAAUGUUAUAUAAAUACAUUGCGUAUUUAUUAUAUCUGCCUGAUGACUGACAAAUGUGAUCAAAUAUACGUGAUUAAGGCUUGA